AUGCCGUCAGAUCUAGAGCAGCUGCUCGAAAUGGGCUUCGACAAGGCCCGUGCCGAGCUUGCCGUCAAGAAGAGCGGAGGCCUGCAGGGCGCGCUGCAGUUCCUCGAGGAGACUCAGGACAAGCCCUUGGAUGAGCUCCAGGCGGCUCAGGUAGCUGAUGAUGAGGACGAGGAUGCGACCAAGGCCGAGAUCGCCGAGCUGGAAACAGGCGAGCAGGCUCGCUCUCUCAUCUGCAACGAGUGCGGCAAGCGCUUUCGUAACAAGGACCUCGCCAGCUACCAUGCCUCAAAGACCGAGCAUACAGACUUUUCAGAGUCAACGGAGGAGAUUGCCCCCCUGACAGAGGAGGAGAAGAAGGCCAGGCUCGUGGAGCUUCGCCAACGCCUGCAAGCCAAGCGGGCGGCGCAGUCCGAACAGGACAAGGAGGAGAACAAGCGCAACGAGAGAAUCCGGCAAAAGGCGACGAGAGAGACCCAGGACGCCAAGGAGGAGCUACAGCGCAAGGAACAGAUCAAGGAGGCUGCCCGCAAGCGACAGGAGAAGCUGGAAGAUCUCGAGGCCAAGAAGCGCAUCAAGGCCAAGAUCGAGGCCGACAAGGCCGAGCGCCGCCGCAAGGCCGAGGAGGCCAAGGCCGCGCGAGAAGGUCGCGCUCCCGAGGCCCCCGUCGCAGCCCCCCCUACGGGACCGUCCGCCCUCGCCGCCGCGACGACGACCAAGAGCGACCGCAACGAGGCACGGCUGAGGCUGCAGACGGGUUCCGGCAACAUUACCAAGACGCUGCCCGCCGACACGACGCUGUUUGAGCUGGCGCAGAUGGUGCAGAGCGAGACGGGCAACGCGGUGGCGAGCUUCAUGACGACGUUCCCGAAGAGGACGUUUGAGGGCGACGUGGAUAUGUCCAAGACGCUCAAGGAGGCGGGGUUUGUCCCUUCGGCGGUGCUGAUUGUCAAGUAA